UGUUGUGUUUCCAUAGCCAGGGUUGACAGUGAGGACAUGUGAAGAGCAGAAUCAACAACUUCUGCAUAAUCAGAACAGUUGCUUUGUGAGAAGAUCUUGAAGUUUACGGUUAACAAGUGUUAUGUAAAUGCCAGCUGAAAAGUACCAGUGGCCUGGCUUUAUCCCCAAGUGAGAGCUGGUCUGCCGGAGCCGUGGCCCAGUGAGACACGGGUGCCGGCCCGCGUAGAUGGAAACAGAAAAGUCCUAGCCUUUGGGGUAAAACACUGGGGUAAAAUCCUGUAGGGAAAUGCAGAUUUUGAGUCUCUAAAAACCUUGGUACUAAUGCUGCUCCAUUUCUAAUACUAACACCAUCUUAGCUAACAAUGUUUGAUGUGAUGUCUGGUGAUUGUGUGUGGAGAAGAGAAACUAAGUGCAUGGAACUGAGGACGUUCAGUGGUGAGUCCUAAGCUAUGGCAGGUAUUUCCCUCCAGAGUCCGAGUGGUCUGCUGAUGGUUGGUUAUAAAUAAGUAUUUCUCUGGGCCCGAACCCAGACAACCAGACCCAGGGGAUAUAAAGGAAAAGAGCCCAGUUCAUCAUAGCCCAGUCCAAGCUUCCUUGGCUGGAUUUACACACAUGUAACAUGUAACCUAACCAAUACAGUAUUUACACACACAUGUACGGAUGGACGCACACACAAGGUCAACUAAAGUUUUGUCUAAUGUCGACAGUGUUCUGUGGCGAUGGAGAUCCCCUCUACAGUCAAACAGCCAGACCAAGAGGAUCCCAAGAAGGAGAGGACAGACGGAGAGCCGGGUGAGAACGAGGAAGAAGAAGAGAGACCACAGGUGAUGGAAAAUGGAACACAAGCUGAACGCAAGCAGUGGUUUCCUAACCCUAACAGUAAGGAAUGGUGAAUGUGUUCUAGUGGUCACGGUCAAUUAUAUCAGCAGUCCUGUGUGGUUGUGUUGUGGUUCUGAUGCUGUUGUGUGUAACAGUCAGUCUUAGUUAUGUUGUGACCGUGUGUAGUACUGGUUAUUAACAGUUGGCCGUCCAGUGUGGUGUGUAGUGUACCUGGUUAUGUUGUGGUCCUGUCCUCUACAGUGGUGUCUGACUGUAAGCAGAUGGCCAGGGAGUCCAGUGUUUCCUACACCCUGGGGAAGGAGUUUUUCCUUAUCGCUGGUCAUGAAAUCUGCAUUAGAGAGUCUCUGGACUCCUAUGGCGCCUUUGUCUGGCCAGGGGCGGUGGCUCUAAGUCAGUUCCUGGAGAAUAACCGGCAGCAGGUGAAUCUCCUGGAUAAAGCGGUACUGGAGAUUGGAGCAGGGACAGGCUUACUGUCUAUUGUGGCUAGUCUACUGGGUGCCUGGGUAACGGCCACCGACCUACCCGAAAUCCUUCCCAAUCUGACCUUUAACCUCUCUUGGAACUCCAAGGGCCGCUGCCGCUACACGCCCCAGGUGACUGCCCUCACCUGGGGUCAGGACCUUGAGAAAGACUUCCCCAGCACUUCCUGUCACUAUGACUACGUGCUGGCAGCCGAUGUAGUGUAUCACCACAACUACCUGGAGGAGCUGCUGGUGACCAUGCACCACUUCUGCAAACCAGGAAGUGGCACCACGCUGAUGUGGGCCAAUAAGGUGAGGUUCCAGUCAGACCUGAAGUUCACAGAGAGAUUUAAGAGUUGUUUUGAUACAACACUGAUGACAGAGCAAAAGGAGGGGGACGUGAUGAUCUUCAAGGCCACGGCACGAGAGUGAAGAGAGGAUAGAAUGGAGAUACCAGGGAGUAAGAGGAGACUCAGAGGAAAAGUGUUGAGAAAGAGAAAUAAGAGAGAUUGUUCCACUGUGGAUGGAUGAAACAGGAGCUCACUACAGACUGCCUGGAGCCCAUUGUGUGGGUACAUUCAUAUUAGACGGAUAACAAAAGCAGAUUCUGGGUUUCAAGGACAUUGCUGUGAGCUACAUUAUAUUUACAACCCGUGUCCUGCAAAAAACCCAGAAACCAAAAUGAAUCUAAACCAUGUGACUUUUCAAAAUGCAAUUUUAU